AUGCCCGCACUGCUUGGCGGUAUUGCGAUGGCGUCCGUCGCUGCGCUGUCCAUGCCCGCUUUCGCAAUCCUCUACGGUCUCGUAUCUGGUCAAUACACAAGCCAUGGCGAAGGAUCGAGAAGCAGCAGCCAACUCAUGAGCAACAUGGCCAGGUUCUGCGUAAUUCUUACCGCUCUCGCAACACUCAACUGGAUUGCCGAUAGUUUCUACUAUCUAUUCUUUCUCAGGUUCGGAGAGCUCCAGGCGAGGAGUGCCCGCAACAGAAUCUUCGAUGCUCUUAUCAAAAAGGAUAUGGCUUGGAUCGAUACGCGGGAGGAUGGAAUCGCCGCAUUUCUGCCGAUAGUCACAUUCUCAUAUCCUUCACGCGCAGACGAGACUGUCAUUCGAGAUGCUUCGCUUCUAAUCCGGGCUGGAGAGACGACCUUUGUCGUCGGCAAAAGGGGUUCCGGAAAGAGCACACUAGCACAACUUCUCGUCCGCUUCUAUCGGCCUUCUUCAGGACAGAUAUUCCUGGAUGACGUUCCACUCGAAGAUUUGGACGUCAAAUGGUUACGACAGAAAGUCAUGCUUGUUGAGCAGCACAGCGUGCUGUUCAAUGAUACUAUCCGCCACAAUCUCGCUCUUGGUCAGCUAGGUGAUGCAGUGGAUAUGCAAGAUAUCCGCAAUGCAGUCAAGUUUGCUAUGCUAGAACCUGUUAUGGAGAGCUUUCCCAAUGGACUGGAUACUGAACUCGGCAUGAAGGGUGGCUCAUUGAGUGGAGGGCAGAGACAAAGAAUGGCUCUAGCUCAAGCUAGGAUUGGGAUCUCGCCGGUGCUGAUCCUGGACGAAUCAACCAGUUCUCUUGAUUACGUUACACGAGCCGAGAUGCUUGACGCUAUACGAAGCUGGCGGAAAGGGAAGACAACGAUUAUCAUUACCCAUGACAUCUUGCAGAUCCGACCCAACGACUUCCUGUACUUGCUGGACAACGCCCGGUCUUGUCUUGAUACGCACACCGAGGCUGACACAGACGAUGAGUCUGAUGAUCAUGAGGACGACUCCUAUUGGGGGCCUGAAGCUGGUGACGGCAAUGUGGAACACGAGGAGUCACGGACAGCCCGGAUCAUUUCUAUGACACACCCUAAACUAUCUACGCGACCAGUCUCGCCGAUCGGUCCGUACUCGCGACCCUUUGCGACCAACGAGUCUGUCCCAGUUCUUUCGGACGCACCGAAGAAAUCUUCGAGAAACGAUAAGCUUCUUCAGAGAAUCGAACGCUUCCGCAACAAGAACCCUAGUGAAGACAAGGAUUUCCCGGCCGCUUCUCUUCCUAUGAAAGAGAUAGUCAUGUCUGUAUGGCCCGCUAUAGUCUGGGGUCCGCGUCUCCUCAUUCUAGCGGCAUCCUUCAGCGCAACGAUUCAUGCUGCAUGCAAACCAGUAUUUGCAUGGGUUUUCGCCCAGCUUUUGACUACUUUUUACGUGCCUGGCGCUAGGAAGGAAAUGUCCCAAAAAUACGCCCUCGUCAUUCUUGGUAUUGCCGCUCUCGAUGGUUUAUCGUGCUACUUCAUUUUCUUGCUCUCAGAUACAGUAGCGCAGACGUGGACUCUUUCGCUGAAGAAGGAAGCCAUGCGGCGCAUCCUGAUGCAACCACGGAAGUUCUUCGACAAGGAAGAAAACAGCGUGUCGCGGCUUGCCGAGAUGUUGGGUCACUCUGCUGAAGAGGCCCGAAAUCUUCCAGGCCGGUUUGCUUGUGUCUUUCUCACUAUGAAUCUUAUGGUUUGUAUUUCUAUCUUUUGGAGCAUGGUCAUAGCAUGGCAGUUGGCCCUAGCUGCUCUCGCAACCGGUCCUGUUCUCUUCGUAAUCACGAAGUGCUACAACGUUAUCAGCAGCCGCUGGGAAAGAUUGGAAAAUGAGGCCGCUGAUAAGGUUGGUCAAGUGCUCCAGGACGCGUUCGUCAGUAUCAAGACCGUUCGAUGCCUAGUUUUGGAAGAUUACUUCAAGGAAAUGUAUACCAACGCAACUGCCGAAGCCGUAAAUGUCGGCAUCAAGCGCGCAAUAUACUGUGCAUCCAUUGACGGACUUUCAUUCACUGGAGCCAUCUUCGUAACUAUCCUGCUAUACUGGUAUGGAGGUUAUCUCAUGUCGAAAGAUGAGUACACUGCCAAUGAAGUGUUGGAAUGCUUCUUGGUUCUCAUGCUUAGUGUCAAUCAAGUUAGCUAUAUGGCGAACUACGUCACUCAGGUCAACAUGGCAAGGGAUGCUGGGUCACGAUUACUACGUCUCGCACGACUACCAAAGGACUCACACGAGCUCACCGGCGAAAUUCAGAUACAGUUUGCAGAUGACAUCUCGCUAAACAAGGUCACCUUCAUUUACCCAGCCCGGCCUAAGAUUUGA